AUGUUCACCCCAAUUCAUACCACGCUGGGCGCGCUAUUACUAUUCCAAGGCUCAUCCGGCCUACUCGUACACAACGGCGCCGUCUUCGGUAUAUCCUCUCUUCUAUCUGGGUGCGCUCUCAACCCGAGUCGUGACAAUGUGCCUAUCAUCGCGGGUUUGGUGUCCAGCAUUGUACCGGUAUACUUGCUGGCACCCUCACUGAUCCCGGACUAUCCCGCGUCGCCACAUUCAUGGGCUUCUGCUGCAGCAACGUUGGGAGUGGGCUUCCUAUUGGGAUGGGGAACAAAGAACGGUCGAGGCUGUACCUCGGGACAUAUGCUGUGUGGCCUUUCGCGUCUCUCGCCCCGCUCGCUGAUUGCAACCGCCAUCUUCUUCACAACUGCAUUGCUCACAGCGAACUUUGUUGGGGGCGGAUCUAAUAUCCCGUCGUGUGGUACGACCCCGUGCUAUACACCAAUGUAUCCGUCUGGGCUGGAGUUCGGCUUCAUGGCUGGUGCAGCGCUGCUGGCGGCUGUCACGAACUUCAUCAUUGUCCCACAGAAGGUCCAUCGAUCGGAAGAAUCUAGGGUCGUCUAUUCUUAUGUGGCAGGGUUGGAGUUCGGCCUGGGUCUUUUUAUAUCUGGAAUGGCGGACCCAGCCAAAGUGCUCAGGUUCUUUGCCUUUGUGACUGACCCGUCCCGAUUUGAUCCGUCGCUGGCGCUGAUCAUCCUGUUUGGAAUUGGGCCAUCGCUGUUCACCUUCCUGGUUGAGAAACCAGGCCAAUCGGUUGAAAAGGGAAAGGCCAUUGCUAAGCCUACCCUUGCCGAGAAAUGGCGACUCCCAACGGCCACGGUGAGCGACAUAGAUUGGCGCUUUGUUGCGGGUGCUGUGACAUUUGGACUAGCUUGGGGACUGAGAGGGGUCUGCCCGGGCCCUGCAAUUUUGCGAACACUCCUACAGCCCACUUGGGGACUGAUCACAAUGGGCGGUUAUAUGUUGGGUAACCUCAUUUAA